CCAAAUGCAACCCGUUACAAACAUUGUCUACAACCAACUAUUGCUCUAGGUAUAUGCGAUAACUACAAAUGCAGGCAAUAGACAGCCAACAGCCUGCGAAGAAGCGGAAAUGGGACAUUCCGGGGCCAGGAACCUUGCCUCAGACUGUUACCCAGCUGGGUCAGGUUUCGGGUUCUGGUGGCUUAGCUGCUGUGGGAUCGGCGGCUCCAUCUGUAGAUAUUGCGCUUGCACAAGCUGCUGCGGCAGCUCUCUUUAGUAAAUAUCAUCCUGGCGCCCAGGCGAAGCCUACUCCCACAGCGCCAGUCAUAGCUGCGUACUCAGCAGUUGUGGCCACAGAUUCAAAGCCAUUCGAUCACUCACGGGAGGUCUAUAUCAACGACGCGGCUACGGGGGUCCGCAUCCACCUGACCAAACGCGGAGUUCAGGAUGAAAUCCAGUCUCGCACCGGCACUAUCAUUGUUACGAGGGGCCGAUACUAUGCGCCGGGUGUUGCGCCGGAUGGAAAGGAUAAGCCGUUGCACCUCCUGGUGAAGCCUGGGGCCAACGCUGGAACGACUGACGAGCAAAAGCAGCAGGCGGUCAGCAACGCAAUCUCCGACAUUCAGCGCAUCUUGAAUGGCAUGCCCCCCGGCCGGCCCGCGCCUGCGGCAGGUCACCACGCCGGCACGGCUCCUCCCCCUCACCCACCUCCCUACGGCGUUGCCCCACCACCGGCGGGGCCCCACCACCACCAUCCACCACCUCCGGCGGGCUACGGACCGCCGCCACCGUACGGAGCACCGCCCCCUGUCGUACCGGGAGCGGCCCCGCCGCCACCUGCUGGGUACGGCUACCCUCCCCCGACGGCGCCGCCAGCCGGCACACCGCCGUCGCAUCCGGGUCGGGACAGCAGCAGUGGAGGGGCGGGAGCAGCAGCGCCGGCGGGAGGCUGCAGCUGCUCGGUGUUCACGGGCGUCCCGCAGCCGGGGGCGUUUCCGUUGGCUGAGAAGAUUAAGGGACCGGGCGGCACUUUCGUGCAGCACAUCUCCACAACAACGGGGGCAACCGUGCAGCUACGCGGGCGGGGCUCGGGCGAUGCGGAGGGUCCGGACCCGUUGCACGUCCACAUCGCUGCCCCCUCACCCAAGGCGCUAGAGGACGCCAAGAGCCUGCUGUUGGACCUCCUGCGCACCGUGGUGGAGGACUACAGCCGGAGCAACCCCUCGCUGGCGCACACCGUUCAACCGCCAACCGUCAUCCAACUGCCUGCGCAGCAACAGCAGCAGCAGCAGCAACCACCGACACCACCGUACGGCAGCGCUCCUCCGCCGUACCCGCCCCCGUACGGCGCAGCCGCACCGCCCCCUGGAGCUCCGUACUACCCUCCUCCAGGCCACCCGCCGUACUACCCCCCACCGGGUCAGCCGUACCCGCCACCCCAGCCGUACGGCAGUGCACCGCCUCCGUACGGAGCGCCCCCGCCUCCGUACGCUGGCGCCCCUCCGCCGUACAGUUACCAACCUCCGGCUGCUGGUACGACGGCACAACCGCCGCCGUACCACUACCCACCUCCCGGCGCUCCUCCCGGGUACGCAGCUCCGCCGCCGCCGCAGCAGUCCUCAACACCAGGAGCGCACAACCCCUACCCGCCCCCGCACCAGCACCCUCCACCUGCUGGGUAUGGUGUCGCCGCGCCGCCGCCAGCUGCCCCCGCCGCGCCGGCAGCCCCGGCGCCGUACGGCAUGCACCCGCCGCCCGCAACCGCGGCAGCCGUACCGCCUCCAGCGGCAGCAAGCGCACCCCAUGCAGUUCAGCAGGGUGCUCCGGGCGGAGGCAGUUACGCGGGCAUGCACUCGUCGUAUGGAUCAGAGCCGUCCGCAACAACCGGCAAUCAUGCCGCGGGGAGUCACACCCUUGCCGCACAUCAGCAUCAACAACAGCAGCAGCAGCAACAACAAUCGGGUCCGCCGAAGCGCAAGUUCCGGGAAGCUCGUGAGGGGGAGCAGGUGCGGUGGUGGUUGCUGAUUGCCUUGCAGCGGCUUUGCGACCCCCCUUGGCGCAACGACAGCCGAGACGUGGAGUCAUGACAACCUUUUCAUCGGCCCCUGAGUUCCUUAUAGCCCCGUAAAUGCUAGACCUCCCCAGCUACUGACGUCAUUUGUCUUCCCUCCUCGUACUCCCUUUCCCUUUUUCCAUAUUCGCGACAAUUUUACUGACUGGACCUUCCCUUCCUUUCUCUCUUUUUGGGGCUCCCGCCCGUCACCAUGGGGCGCGUCUUCCCUCCCCUUCCUUGCCCUCCCUCCUGCCCUCCCUUUUUCCCUAUCCCACCCUUCUUCACCCCCUCCGCCCCCACCUCCACACCGCUGGCAUUCCUUGCUGCCAUUCCCGCCGGGCCCUUCUCACGCGGCCCUUGCGUCCCUGCGCGAGCAGGCUCGGCCUUCCCCCCCUCCGCCAGACAACCCGUACGCCCAGUACGCACAGGCGAUGGGGCGCACACAGCAGCAACCCGCAAGCAACGCUGCAAGCAGCAACGGUAACAACGCCGCCGCCACAAGCAGCUGCAUGCAGGACAGCACCAAGAGCAGCCACAUGGCAAAUGGGGCGGGUGGAGUGACCUUUGUUCCCGCCUCUUCUUCCUCCGGGGGACAACAACAACAGCAGCCGCAGGCGGCAACGUACGGGGGCCAGACGGCUGGGCUAGGAGGUACGCGACCCAUUCGCAGGGGAAGUUGCCCGACAGGAGUUGCCCGAAAGCAAUGCAGAGGAAAACAAUUGCAGGCUGAUACGAAACGUCCAAAUUUGCAGCUAUGAGGCCGACUAAGUCAUCUUUUGUUGUGAUAAGACGUUGUACCAUUCUUUCUGGAGCAUCGCCACUCGUAUCCUUACCGACCUGCUACUAAUUCUGCUGCUCGCUCCAACGCCCCCGCACCACACUCAAACUCCCCAACUGACGCUCCCGCCCCCUCCUCCGCGCUCCCUGCGCCCCUUUCUGACCGUCAUUUGCUCCCUCCCCGUCCCAUGGACCCAUGGGUCACCGCCGCCCGGGCUUCCACAGCUGCCAAUCCCGCCCCUGCCACCGUAGUCUCCGGCGGCGCCUCUGCCGCGAUCGAGCCCGCGUCCACCGCACAGGUUACUGGCUCCCUGCAUGGACUCAUCGGCUACGGUGAUGGUGACGGCGACGACUGACCAUCAUCCUAGGAGAUGUCUCGACUCCUAGCGAAACUAACCCGGCAUGGCUAGGCCCGUUCUGAGCUUUCUGCGUCGUGGUCAACGCCAUGCCUGCUUGGAAUGCUCGGAAUGGUAAGACUGCGGUAACUGUGUCAUGCAGUUUGCAGGUACAACAGGUAACAAGAGCCUUGGGCGGGAGUGGGGUUUGUUAGUAGCUGGUUUCAUAGCCGUUGUAGCCGUUGUCUGGGGGUUCGGAUUGAAUUUCGAACGGGGUUUGAAGGUGGAUAGCCGUUGUCUGGGGGUUGGGUAUGAAUCCCCAAUAGGUUUAUAAGGUGGUUGUUUGUUUAGGCAAUGGUGGCAAGUGGUGUAGCAACCCUUUUGUACACCACUUCUUCUUGGGGCCUUUGCUAACCUUGUUUCUCGUUUGCUGUUGGUUGGUGCUGCUUGUACCGGUAUCAGCAUGGCUGCGGCAAACCCUGCUGUGUGUUUGCUCUCCUGAAGAUAACGUUGCCCGGCUUGCGGAGCUCUUGCGCGCCUGCUGAACAAGUAGUGAGCGAUUGUGAUUUAGGGGAUUGGGGUUGUGGCCGUUGUUGUUUCAAGCGCAGCUGGGUGAAGCAUGGGAGGUAUGAACGAGCCCAUGAUACCAACAUUUGGCUUCGAAUGCUGGGAAGUUGGAGUUCGGCGGCAUGCGGCUUGGCGAAUUCCUUUCAUUACUGUCGUCUUGGUGCCUUGCUUGGCUUACGGUUUCGCAUAGAGCAUGGUUUGGCCAGGACGAUGUGCCUGCCAUGUAGGCAUCGCUCGCUUGCAGUGAAAAUGGCCCCGAGGGGUUGUGUUAACAAUUACGACAGCGGGGGCUACCGAGGGCUAAUGUCAAGGGCUAAUGAGGUGGGGAAGCACGACGCGUGCGAUAUGAUUGUGUAGAGCCGUGAUGGGUUAGGGGGAUGCAAUAGCUUGGUAGGAGAACGAAGGGCACGGUAAAACCGGUGUAACACGAUCGUCGGCGUUUCUUAUUUAUUCUCAUAGCGCACACGUCCACCUUAUCCACGGGCUGGUUUCGAAGCCCACGAAAGCAAAGGUACACAAUUUAAGGAUAAUGUACAGAGGCUAGCUACCUACAAGCCCCGCAGAGAUGCACAAGGCCCACUGCCGUGAGCAGACGGGGGCCAUGCCUGGGUAGCGUGAC